AUGGAGAGAUAUUUCAAGAGGAAAUCAAUGGAAAAAGAAUCAUCCAAUAAAGAAGAAGCCAAGGAUAAUGAAAGUGCAAAAAAAGACAAUAAAAGAAGUUGCAUGGGGAUUAACUUAGAUGAAUUACCUGCUGAUCCAGCCCAAAGAAAAAAAAUUGGGGAUUAUCAUCCAAACCUUCAAGAUGAAAUUCGGAGAUAUUACUUACAAAAGGGACCAUGUCAACUUCGUGAGCAUGUUUUUCCACAAAGAAAGAUAGGAAAAAAGAUGCGUCGAUUUGUUCGCGGCUGGUUUGAUGAUUACAAGAAUUGGUUAGAAUAUAGUAUUGAAAAAGAUGCCGCUUAUUGCUUAUGUUGUUAUCUAUAUAGACCAGAUGUGGGCGAACAAUCUGGUGGUGAUAGUUUCAUUAAGGAAGGAUUCACAAAUUGGAAAAAAAAGGAUAGAUUUGAUGUUCAUGUUGGUGGUCCUAAUAGCGCAUACAAUCUGAGGUGGAAUAUUCAAAAGGAUAUUUCAAAUGCUUUGACAAGUGAGACUACAAGCAUUAUUGUAAAUGACAUUGGACAUGGAUUGUUUGCUAUUUUAUGUGAUGAAUCUCGUGAUGCAUCAACAAAGGAGCAAUUAGCAGUUGUUAUUCGUUACGUGGAUUCACAUGGAUAUGUGAUUGAGCAUUUUCUUGGUAUUCUACAUUUAAGAGAUACUACUGCUCUUUCACUUAAGAAAGCAAUUGAUGUUUUAUUUUCAAAGCAGGGUUUGAGCAUAUCACAAAUCCAUGGUCAAGGUUAUGAUGGUGCUAGUAACAUGCGAGGUGAAUACAAUGGUUUAAAAACUUUGAUCAUGAAGGAAAAUGGUUUUGCAUAUUAUAUUCAUUGUUUUGCACAUCAGCUGCAAUUGUCACUUGUAAGGGUUGCAAAGAAACAUGUCCAAGUCUCUUCUAUGUAUAAUACAUUGUCUACCUUAGUGCAUGUUCUUGAAGGUUCAUCUAAAAGACAAGAAAUUCUUAAAGAACAAUGCCUUAAGAAAGUCGUCGAUGAUCUAAUGACUGGAGAUCUUGUGAGUGGUCGAGGCUUAAAUCAAGAAACUAGCCUUCAAAGAGCUUGUGAUACAUGUUGGGGUUCACAUUUUGGCUCGUUGUUAAAGUUGGUUCUUAUGUAUGAUUCUGUAAUAGAUGUUCUUUUGAUAAUUGAAAAUGAUGGUCUGGUGGAGUAA